ACAUUGCCGUGACUACAGGCGAACAACUAGAGUUUUACAGCAACAAUACCAAAAUACGCAAUGAGGGGGUUCGGUUCCGCGACCUCACAGCUCUAGCCUACGAUGCAGUGCACAACAUGCUGCUGUUUGUCGACAAACAGAGCGACAACGCUUCAAUAUUUAGCUUUAACUUAGGAACCAAGAAAUACCGAUCGCUAGUCAGAAGGAGAUCGGACGAAAACAUUCAAGAUCUUACCUUCGACCCAGUGGAAGGGAAGCUCUUCUGGACCGACACCAAUGAAAGAAGCAUAUUUUGGAUUUCAAUGAAACCCGGCUCCAAAAACAAUGAUUACGGAAACCUUUUAAUCAAGAUGGAUGAUGAAAUUCCAAGAGCCAUAGCCGUUGAUAGCUGUAGAGGGUAUAUUUACUGGACCAAUAUUAACGUUACGAAACCCACGAUAGAAAGGGCUCGGUUGGAUGGCACCAAUCGCGAGGUUGUGAUAGAUACUAAUAUCUAUAUGCCUGUCAGUCUAGCUAUUGACCAGCAGACGAAGCAAAUUUACUGGGCCGACGAUAAGGAAGGCAUUCACUACUCAAUAGAAACUGCAGAUUUGGAUGGAAAGAACAGGAGAACGUUGAUGGUUGGUACACAUCAUCAACCAUACGCACUGACUGUGUCAAAAGAUUCUAUCUACUGGGUGGAUUGGGGUUACAGAUCAGUUUGGCAACUACCGAAGAAUCCACCAAUGUAUUCUGAACCCGAAGAGAUCAAAGCUUUCAACAACGAGUUGCCUUUCGGAGUUGUCGCUAACUAUCAAAUUGAGGAUCAAACCCACGGCAACCCCGAGUGCGAAAACCUGUCAAGUCUAUCUCAAAACAACUCUGUGAUCAACGAUACUUUCUACAUUCCCACGGACGUCGGUUUAUUCUGUGUCCAUGGUAUCAAAGUGAGUGGGAAACCUCUCUGUAAUUGCACGGUGGGGUACACCGGCGAGAGAUGCGACAUCUCCGUCUGUCAAAACUAUUGCUUCCAAGGAGACUGCAGUCUGACUAGUGAUGGACAGCCUACAUGCAAUUGUAACAAUGGCUACUCCGGCAAUAGAUGUGAAGUGAACGUCUGCACCGGAUACUGUCUAAACAACGGCAUUUGCUCACUGAAUGAGAAAAGCCAACCAACCUGCCAGUGUUUAGGAGGAGAUCAUGAGGGCGAGAGAUGUCAGACUCUCAUCGUUUUGACGACGACGACUGAGGCACCACCCAAAACUGAGACCAACCAAAGUUGCAAUUGUUCGGAUAGCCAAAUAAUCAAUUAUCAACCAAUGACGCUGUCCCCUGAGGCCUAUCCAAACAGCGAAACCAUAAUAGAGGGAUGUUCAUCCUGGGAUCCAGUUAGAGACCCCGUGAUCGUGGUGCUAGGAAUACUAUGUGGACUGCUGUGCUUAGCCUGUGCCGUGCUUAUCACCAAAAAUCUACAGUUGAGGAGAAGGCCAAGGAUUAAGAAGAGAAUAAUAGUAAACAAAAAUGUAACGCCGAUGACAGCGCGGCCCGACCAAUGUGAGAUCACCAUUGAAAAUUGCUGCAAUAUGAACAUCUGUGAAACUGUUGAUUAAAUAAAUAACAGACGAGAGCCAUAAUUGAAGUUGCCUUCGACUUGUCACGACGUAGAUAGUCCUCAUCCACGGAGGACCGACCGAAUCAUGUGUAGCUGUAGAUGAUUGAUCACAUGUUAAUGUGAUCAAUCAUCUUGUGUAGUUGUAGUUUUGCCAUGGACUCCUUUCGGCUUUCUCCGCUUCAUGAAGCUAAAUUAACUAAUGUAUUAUGUAUUAGGGCCCCUAGGAAAACCAGUGGUGUUUACACAAAUACACUAGGUACUUAAUAUUGUUGUUUAUUUGCAAAUGUAAGCUAAUGUAUUGAAACUUGACGUCCAGUGAAGCUUUUAAAAUGCUUUAUUUCUAUUUCUAUUGUUGUUAAAUUCAUACUCAAUCUUUUUAUCACUUUAAUGCCGUGACUACAGCUUUAAAAGUGAAAAUAAGUUUCUAACUCAGUAUUUUAUUAGUGUUUUUUUUUCUGGCAGAGGUAUUACAAGGUUUGAGUAGGCACCCAAUAUUAUAAAUAAAUAUAUGUAUGUAUAAUAUAUAUGUAUGUUUAUUACAUCUUUAAUUUACGGUUUAAUUUAAACUUUUCUAGCUGUUUUAACGGCAUGCUUGUACUGUAUCAAAAGAUAUUACAUUAUUUUGCUAUCGACUCUGUGGUUAAUGAAAAGUAAUGAAAACUCUUUAAUAUUUUAAUUCAAACGUAUCUAAUUUUGAAUAAUACCACAUACUACGACCAAAACAUUGUCAUUUUCACGUCGUUUUAAAAUUUCAUAUUUAUUAAUAUUCUAUUACUAACUUUGUGAACUUAAUUUGUUUAAAAAUCCUGCGGUACAAAAAAUACUAUUUGUUACAAAUGAUCGAUUUAUAUCUACAUAUUGUGAUUUCCUUUAAGUUCUUACAGAUAACGAAAUACGUUUAUUUAUUGAGAUCGACCAACAAUUUUCGGAUCUAACCGGAUUGUUAGUACCCCACGAAGGGGCCUUGCUCUGAGUUCACGGUUCUCAUUUUCCAAUCAUUAUUUUUUUAAAGUGCUUGACUUAUAAUUGUAAUCUGACCAGUAUCAUAAAGUAAGACUUGCAAUUGUGGAAGAGGGACCUUGUUCAAAGCCUUGUAGAGCGCCAUCUAGCUUCCGCAACCGAAACAAUCUUACUUUAAGAGACUACGAGUAAAUCAUGAAAAUGUGUAGAUAAAUAUCUUUCAUUAUGAUGUUACUCAAUGUUUAUCAUAAUAGUAAAAGAUGCUUCAUUCUAAAUAGUAUCGUGUCGUAGAUAUUAAAUUUGUUGUUGUACUUAUUUUUAUACGGAAUAUUGAUAAAUGUUGCAUUUUUGUGUAGAUUACAGAUUAAAUUCGCAGAAUUAAA